UCGCGCAAAAGUUUUCGCGGCUGUUGAGUUGCGCUCAUGAGCAACUGCGCAUUCACGCUGUCCGCAUAUCAACCUGCUCGAGUUUCUUUUUGUUGCAUCGCAAGCAGUUUGUAAACAUUCUUCGGUACCCGAAAAUGUUCUGUAGAAUUUUAACCCUACCUUUACGACUUCUGCGAACAUUAUUUGUACAAAAUCAUUUGAGAAAGGACAACUUCGGAAAAAAUUUUUUACAGGACAACUUCGGAAGAUUUUGUACAUUCCUACCUUCUGUAAAUGAUGUACCCUCAAUCAGAUGACGAGGCGGCCGCCGCGGGCGCCACUCAUGACUUAUUUUUUGACAGGAAUAAGCCCCCGCACCGGCUGCGCCACCCAUCGAACGAUGUUCCCCUUUCCAUGGCAUGGAAUAAGAGUCUGUCACUGCUCGUUAAACUCAUCGUGGCUCUCUCCCUGCUGGUUUGCCUCAUUAACCUGCUCCUCUACCAAAUCCUGCCUGACUCCAGCAGCGUCAGUCUGCUGACCCGUGUCGGUGUCAUCCUGCGACUGGUCAUGCAUCCCGCCAUCACGCUGCAGGGCCGCCGUCUGCAUAUCCGGCCCUCGGUGUCCCCGGAGGCCUGGAGCGCCGUGGUGGAGUUUGAGGGCUACGUGCUGGAUGUGCAGUGCACGGAGCAGCAGCUGCGCAUCACGGUGCAAAGUGCCCCGGAGGGAGCGCUGCUGCUGCUGGAGAAUGACGAGGGCGUUGUGCCGGUGGAGCGUGAGAAGGGGGUGCGACGCGGGGAUGUGGUAUUGAGGGUGGGGACGGCCAGUGGGCGGAGUCGAUGGCGGGGAAAGGGGAGGAAUCCCUGGCAGUGGAGCGCCGAUGCGUUACCGGAAGCGAAAUACAUGCCGGAUAUGGGAAACGGGCACAUUGCUACGGUGGUGCGUAGCCCUUGGGUCCAUAUGAACGGAUUGUACAAUGGCAACUUUACCGCCAGCAGCCGGGCGCGAAUUCCUUCCCUCGUCGGUUUCCAGCUAACUACAAGCCAUGCCACAUCAGAUUUGGUGCAAGAAGAAUACGUUUUAGAUGUCGAAAAAGGAAUAUUUUAUGAAACGAAAGUCUACCGCAAUCCCAAGUUGACGAUCAAGCGUCGACUUUAUGCACACCGCCGCUACGAUCGCCUGCUGGUCUCCGAAGUGCACAUAUCCCGACCGAAGACUUCCUCUGGAGAUGUGGAGGUGUUGUAUUUGGGCGUACCGAAUCAAGAUCAGCUGUUGAGUGAGGAUUUGUGGUUUGAGGCUACCAAAACGAUCCACAGCGGAGGAACAGUGAUUAGAUUUACGGACGGGACCAAUCUUAAACCGGAAACAGAAGACACGCCGUUCUCUCACCUGACUGUUGCCUGGAACGGCGAUGUGACGAAUUUCACUGUCCCAUCCGGGAAAAGCCUCCAACUGUUGCAGAUUGUGUCCACCAGUACGAAACACGACGAUGCACUGAACGCGCUAAAAUCGGCGUUAGCACUUAGUGCCGGCGAGCUGUACGAGUCUCACAUUGAUCAGUGGCGAUCGUUCUGGGACGAAGGACGCAUUGACGUUGAUCCCGAGGAGAAUUUCCAGCUGGCCCAAGCUCUCUAUGGUGCUUUUUAUUAUCUGUUUUCGUCGUUGCCGAAUAAGGAGGAUCCGAUUAACAAGUUCAUUGGACUGAGCCCAGGUGGCUUAGCGCGCGGAGCCAUUAACAAGGAUUAUUCUGGUCAUGUUUUCUGGGAUGCCGAUACGUGGAUGUAUCCGCCAUUUCUCGGUUUUCAUCCUGCUCAAGCCAAAUUGUUCCUUAAAGCCCGGGCUAACAUGCUGCAACCGGCGAAACAAAACGCUAUCUUGAACGGAUAUCAGGGAGCCAAGUAUCCGUGGGAAUCUGCAUUUUCUGGAAAAGAGACCAGUCCGUGGCGAGAAUCCGGUGAAUAUGAAGUGCACGUUACGGGCGACAUUGCUUUGUCGCUCCGACAGCUUCUUUACGCUAGCCACGACAAGCUGGAGCUAAUUCAGGAAUUAAAUCUGGAAGAAAUGGCCGUUGAAAUGGCUAAGUUUUGGUUUACGCGCACCAACUGCACAGACGGGAAUUGUCAUAUCGAGAUGGUGAUGGGGCCGGAUGAAUAUCACUUCCCCGUCAAUGAUUCCGCCUACACGAAUUACAUCGCCAAGCUUGCAUUAAAUUUACCGGCAUACAUCUCGACUUUCACCGGAACUGUCCACCCAGACUGCUCCAAAUGGAUGGACACUGCUAACAAAUUGAUCAUAUUAGAAAACACCCUUGAUGGACGGGUUUUCCAUCCGGAAUUUGAGGGAUUCAUUCCAGGGAAGCGACAUUCCACAGAUCAUCAGAAGCCGGCACUUGUCAAACAAGCGGACGUCAUUCUUCUGGGGUAUCCGCUGGAUAUGCCGAUGAAUCGCAGUAUCCGUGCCAAUGAUCUGGACAUCUAUCUGAACAUUACGGAUGUGGAAGGUCCGGCCAUGACUUGGGGCAUGUUCUCCGUCGGCUAUCUGGAGCUGGAGCGCCACGAAGAGGCCGAUUUGUUGUUUGUAAAAAAUUACGAGAAUAUCGUCUCGCCGUUUGGUGUUUGGUCGGAGAAUCCCGGUGGCCAGGGCGCACUGAAUUUCCUCACGGGAAUGGGUGGAUUUUUACAAGCUGUAAUCAAUGGAUAUGGUGGUAUCCGGCUGCGCGCCGACGAGCUUCUCGUCCACCCACGGCCCCUUCCUGGUGCCCGCAACUGGACUUUCAGCGGUUACAAAUACCUUGGCUCCAGUCUAGACAUUGCCUGUCUGGGCGCGGACGGCAUGAUGACCUUCCGUGUGGUCGCUCAAGAGCCGACGGUCCCCUUGGUCCUGAUACUGGAUUCCGGGGAGGCGUUUAACCUGGGUGAACAAACUCUGAAGCUCCCGCUGGGUUCGGGACGAAUUCGACCGGCCACGAUAGCUGAACGGAUUGAGAAUGGAGCGGCUAGGGUGGCCGGUGCGGUUGCCGUUGGGAUGGUAGGAUUGGCGAGCGGAUUGUUCCGGUGAAAAUGGUGAUUGCGAAUUUUGUAUUAAUUUUUAUGGUUUUCUGUGUGAUUGUUUGUGGCAGCUCAAUUGCUUUCAUUGCCUAAAAAGACAUGUUUGGCUGUUUGAUUUAUUAAUGCCUUGCUGGUUUCUUCCCUGAACGCAACAACAAAAAUCCUGGUGAUUG